AUGGCAUCUAUCACCGCUGGCCCCGAAUUUCAUGAUGCACCUCCCCCAGGCUUCUCUUCAGCAUCAAUAAUUGAACAAGAUGCGCCAGCCCUUCUUGGAUUGCAUCACGAAGCCCCCCAACUCCACAUCUACACAGCAUCCAAUGCUGAUUACGAGGCCCUGAACAGAGUCAACGAUAGAUCUGUCACAAUUCUCCCUGUAGCUACUAACGGCCUGACUUUGGCUAUUCGAAACUCAGGUGUUGAUCAAGGCGGCCGGAAUCUUGCCUUUGGGCCUAAAGAUGUCUCGCUCGAUGUUCGCUCAAUGGACAAAAUAGUCCUUUCUGCAGAUAGGCGCGAAGCAACUAUUGAAGGAGGCGUGAUAGGCGGGAAGUUGCUGAAGUUUCUGGACGAUCAUGGCCUCACGACGCCCACAGCCUUUUCUUCCGCGGUUGGUUACGUUGGUUGGGCCUGUGGUGGUGGCUAUAGCUCGUUGAAUGGUAUAAUGGGCUUAGGCGUGGAUAACAUCCUUGGGGGAAGAGUUGUAUUGGCCGAUGGGAGAAUCAUGGACACAGACGAAGCCGGCUGUGACCCCGAUCUACUGUGGGCGCUUCGUGGUGGCGGCGCUGGUCUUGUUGGAGUGGUCACAUCUCUUCGUGUUCGUGUGCACCGCCGCCCAGAUUGUUUGGCGGGUAAUAUCAUCUUCCCGUUGACAGAAGCGCCUCAAAUCGCCCGGCAACUGAAUGAACUAUAUGCAUGGAAGAAACCUAGCAAGUUUGCGGGCGAUGUUGCUGUCAUCGAUCCAACUGGGGACGGCGCUAUAUUUGCAUUUCUAUUCUUCUGGGCUCUGGACGAGGACCGCAGCGACCUCGAGGAAGCAAAAGACUACCUCGAGCGUGUCCUCAAGUUUGGAACCGUUAUAGCCAAUACGGCCGAAGAAACAACCCCUCACAAAUUUCUAGUGUCAAUUACCCAACCUCCACUUUACGGCGAUCUCAUACAUUUUCGACUGACAGCUUCAGUACCCAACUGGUCAGAAGAGCUGGGGCGCAUCAUAUCAGAGCCAAUGCCAACGCCUUCAGCAUUAAUUAUUAUGCAUGACAGUCACGGUGCUGGAACGCGGGCGUCUGGCUCUACUGCCGUGGACAGCGCUGUCUUUUCAAACCGUGAGCCGCAUUUGAUGUUCGGGUUCUUCGCAGCAGCACCCUCAAAUGAUCAAGAGGGGCUGGAGAAAUCCAAAGCAUGGGCAUACAGAUUGGUUGAAAAGGUAACAAAAGCAGGACUUGCUAUGCCAACUCGCUACAUCAACUUCACCCACCCCCUGAAAGGCGACGGAUUUGGCUAUUACGGAGCGCAGGGAUUGAUUCGCAUCAAGGCAGUUAAAGGUCGGCUUGAUCCCUUGAACCUGUUUAGUAAAAAUACGCCAGACCUGGCCGAGACACUGAGUGCUUGA